GUAGGGCGGUAAACAAGAUGGCGGCGGCGUGUCGGGCGCGGAAGGGGGAGGCGGCCCCGGUCGCCCGCAAGUGAGGCGCGGGCCGGGAGGGCGGCGCCGGCGGCCCCGCGGGCAGCCUUGCAUGGGCUGGGGCCCCCUCGCCGCCCCGCCUCCUGCUUUCCGGCGGCGGCCGCGGCGAGGGGGGCGCGCCGCCCGGGCCCUGUCAGCCUUGGGAAGCCCCCGGCCCGGAGCUUGAGGCCUGCUCUGUCCUGGUGGCCCGGCGCCCGUGGGCUAGAACUCCUAGAGCUCGCGGCGGGGAGUGCCCCGUGCCCCGCCGCUGCCGCUGCCGCCGCCUAAGGAAGGGCGCCGCGAGGGUGUCCGCGCGGGCCGGGCAUGGACGGCGCGGACUGGCCCCAGCGCGACAGCCUCGGCGUCUGACCGCGGGGCAUAGCGCCUGGACGAUGACCUAGCGCCGCCACAGCCCGUCCGGCCACGCCAGCGCCCGCGGACCCUCCGCCCCGCGCUCUCCGGACCGCGGGCGCGGAGCCGAUCGACGGGUGGGACAAUCGCUUCCGUCGUCGGAAGAAGAGUUUCCGUGGAUUUUGGUGGGGGGCGGGGGGGGUGGGGGAGCUUCGUUGCUUUUUUUUUUCUUUAUUUUUUUCCCCUCGUUGAACAUUUGGAGAGGGGAAGUCGGGGCCAGAGGAACAACUGCCCACGAAGGGGACAAGGGCUCCCCAGCACUGGGUUCAGGAUGGACGUGGCGGACCCACAGCAGCUGGGCAUGUUCACGGAGGGAGAGCUGAUGUCUGUGGGCAUGGACACCUUCAUCCAUCGCAUCGACUCCACUGAGGUUAUCUACCAGCCUCGGCGUAAGCGGGCUAAGCUCAUCGGCAAGUACCUGAUGGGGGAUCUGCUGGGGGAGGGCUCCUACGGCAAGGUGAAGGAGGUGCUGGACUCCGAGACUCUGUGCAGGAGGGCCGUCAAGAUCCUCAAGAAGAAGAAGUUGCGCCGGAUUCCCAACGGGGAAGCCAAUGUGAAGAAGGAGAUCCAGCUCUUGAGGCGGUUGCGGCACAGGAAUGUCAUCCAACUGGUGGACGUGCUGUACAAUGAGGAGAAGCAAAAGAUGUAUAUGGUGAUGGAGUACUGUGUGUGUGGUAUGCAGGAGAUGCUGGACAGCGUGCCUGAGAAGCGGUUCCCCGUGUGCCAGGCCCACGGGUACUUCUGUCAGCUCAUUGAUGGCCUGGAGUACCUGCAUAGCCAAGGCAUCGUGCACAAGGACAUCAAGCCUGGUAAUCUGCUGCUCACCACCAGCGGCACGCUCAAGAUCUCCGACCUGGGCGUUGCCGAGGCCCUGCACCCAUUUGCUGCCGAUGACACCUGCCGGACAAGCCAGGGCUCCCCAGCGUUCCAGCCUCCCGAGAUCGCCAAUGGCCUGGACACCUUCUCUGGCUUCAAGGUGGACAUCUGGUCAGCCGGGGUCACGCUUUACAACAUCACGACGGGCCUAUACCCCUUUGAGGGAGAUAACAUCUACAAGCUCUUUGAAAACAUCGGGAAAGGGGACUUCACAAUCCCGGGCGACUGUGGCCCCCCACUCUCCGACCUACUCAAAGGGAUGCUGGAAUAUGAGCCGGCCAAGAGAUUCUCCAUACAGCAGAUCAGACAGCACAGUUGGUUCCGGAAGAAACACCCUCUGGCGGAGGCACUGGUGCCAAUCCCACCAAGCCCAGACACCAAGGACCGGUGGCGCAGCAUGACAGUGGUACCUUACCUAGAGGACCUGCAUGGCCAUGCUGAGGAUGAAGACGAGGACCUCUUUGACAUCGAGGAUGGCAUCAUAUACACCCAGGACUUCACGGUGCCUGGUGGCGAGGAGACAUCUGAGGCAGGGCUUAGCGAGGAGAGAUUCGCGCAGAAGAGCCAGGGUGCAGACCUUUCUGGAGAGGAAGCUGAGGCGGCAGGCACCGCAGUGGUGUCUGAGGAGGAGUUCGAGGCCUUAGUAGUAUAGUCUGAUCGGGCCACCAGCCAUUGGCAUACAUACAUUCUCCUCCUCCCCCCAGUGUUCCUGCUUUCCUUCUGCUAUAAAGCUUUGCCCGGCUGUGUGUCUACAGGUGGAUGUUUGCUACGGCCUGGUACCACCCCCAAAGUCCUACACAGGGCUGUUACCCAGAGCUGGGCUGAAAGAGCCUGACAAAGCCAGCUGAACAGGAAGAGUGGAAGCUGUGAGCCAAGAUGUGGGGGUGGUCAUUGGCUAGGGAAGGGUCCCAGAAUACCCUAGGUCCUGGAGAUCCCCCAUGUUCUGUGCCCUUCAAGCCAGCUUGGCAGGCAGUGCAGCAACAUCUGGGCUCCCCUUGAGUGGUGGAGCUCUCGGGAGAGCAAGUUGGGUGGGCAGCCCUGAGUGCCGGGCAGAACUGAGCCCUAAAGGCAGGCAGAGGCAGGCCCCUGAAGACUAAUUGCUCUAUAAGGACAUUCCAGGCCUUUCCUGGGCUCCUGUUAGAUCGCUGCCAGCCAUUUCCUUGGGGUCACGGGGGCAGGCAUGCAUGAUAGGGCCAUGUUAGAACAUGUCUGCUCUGGCAUGUAGCAUAGGCCCUGGCUACAGUCAGGCCUUAGAUGUGAGAUCUACAGAUGUCUUUCCAUAAAGUGGGAGGGAGGGGUUGCCUCUCAGACGAAUAGGAUCCCUGUCAGGGGCCCAGGGGCCGGGUGUGUGCCAGGUGACCACAGGAUACCUCCCAGGUAUCCCCCACUUUCCCCUCAUAGCCUGUAAUCCAGGACCCCUGAAUGGAGCUGGAACCUAGCAACAAGCCUCUAGCUUGAUACAUCCUUGUUCACAAGGACACUAUUCCUGUCUGGGACCCCUCAGUACCCAGGUUCCUCCAGCCUGCUUUAGCUUAACGAAGGUGAGCCACACAGGGAGGAUUUGGGCAGGUAGGUCUCUCAUUCAAAUGGAAACCUUCCUCCCCACUUGGGUGUUGGGUACCCUGAGUGGCCCUAGACCUAAGCUACCAGGUGCCUUAUUGACUGGGGAUACUGCACUGCUGGUUUUCUGAGCUGCUCCUCCUAGCUGUGGUGGCGCAUGGGGUAGCCUAUCUGCCCUACUGGCCCUGAGGGCAGGUUCACUUUGGCCUCCUAUGUCCUCAGAGAUAGCCCAUAAGGUGGGGUCAAGGUUCCGAGGUAGGACAAGGGACCCCACCCAGGCUGCAGUGCUCAGGCCUGAAGGGACCAGCUAUGGGGUCUGUCUCUCUGCUUGACUUCCAAGCACACUAGCUCAGCCCAGGUCGAGGAUGAGGUGAUGCCUCAUUACCAAAGAGGUCUUUUUACAUAGACUUGGUCUGUGCACAGGGUGGUGCAUGUCAAGUUCUGGAAGCUGCUGAGUCAGGAGGCAAUGGUCCCUCCCAGGCAUGGCUGUUUAUUGGGCCCAAGGGCUGUAAGCAGAGUGGCUUCUGGGAUGUCUACAGGCCUAGCACAGCCAUAUCUUCUACCUGACAGACUUUCUAGAGACUGCCCUGCCAUUUCCUCACAACCAGUGUGAAGGGGUCCAGCCAAGCAGGGUGAGCCAGGGACCCAUGAUGCUAGGCAGGGUUGGCAGCUGUGGGGUCUGGGGUGGAAGGCUCUGGUGACAUACAGGUCAGACAAGCACUUCAUCCCUGGGUGGGGCACCUGUGCUGGGCAUGUGGAGCCCAGCUCCUCUUGUACCCUCUUGGGCCCGGGCACAUCCACAGGCACAGAUAACCAUGGUGCACCCCAGGACAGGCCAGUGGGUGCCUGCAGCUGUCCCUCCACUGGAUUGCAGUCUGCAGUCCCUGCAGACCAGACCCAUACAGUACCACCUGCACCUGGGGGCCCAGGCAGAUGCCACACUGGUCUGCAGAGGGAUUACCUCAGACUGUUGUGGGAAGGACCUGGCCUGGCUGGACGGAGGGUCAUCUUGGAGCUGCUAGGAGGUAGCACCCAAGGAUGGAGAGGACCUGGGCUCUCCAGGUGUGUGUGGGGAGGGGGGUGCACAGUUAGGCCAAGGGCUGUGAGUGGCACUGUUCUUUGGCUCAGGCUGUCCUUG